UUCACACUAAAUCACUUCUUUUUUGCUUUUCGCUUUCUCCUUCUUCUCUCCCAAGAACCCUGCUGAAACUGAUCGAUUGAAGGAACUCAGUUUCACAAAGCCAAAUGAAUCUGAAUGAAAAGAGAAGAGUUGAUGAUGAAGAUUGGAUUGAGACACUAUUAAGUUUAGAAUUCUUUGGGAUAUGUAUGAAUCAUAAGUAUCUUCGCAAGAAUGAGAAGAAUGUCUUUUGCAUUGACUGUAAUGUCGCAAUCUGCAGACAUUGUUGCAACACAGAAGCUCAUUUUCUCCAUCGUCGUCUUCAGAUCUGCAAAUAUGUUUAUCAAGAUGUGCUUCGUCUUCUCGAUAUUCAAAACUACUUCGACUGCUCCGAGAUUCAGACAUAUAAAAUAAAUGGAGAAAAGGCAAUACAUUUGAAUUCAAGGCCACAAGCAAAAGAUGCAAGACCUUCAACAAAAUCCAAAAAUGGAGCUUCAUGUGUGACUUGUAAAAGAUAUAUUCAAGACCACCCCAAUCGAUUUUGCUCUAUCUCCUGCAAGAUUUCAACUCCUUCGAAAAAGCAUAAGUUAUGUUUAUCUCCAAAAUUGGAACAAAGUGUUUUGGAUAAAGAACACUCUAAUCAAGAUGGAAGCUUAGAAGAGAAAAAAUCGUGCACAUCAUCACUCACUGAUGUUUCAGAAGACUCGGAGGUUUUAUUGAGUAAUUUCUCAAUGAGACCACUCAUAAGAAUACUCAAGAGAAAAGGAAUUUCUCGAAGAUCUCCUCUUUACUAAUUUUUUUUUUUCUUUUGGAUUUUGUUAUCAAAGCCAUACAAUAUUUGUAUUUUCUUUCUGGAAAGGAUAUUAUA